GUUUUGCUGCUUUGAUGGCCCGGUUUAGAUUGGCCCUCGCUGACAACAGGACAAUGGUGUUGUGGUUCGGGGUCCUUUGGUUCUUCUUUGUGGGUUUUUCUGUGCAUACACUCACCUUUUACGACAGAUGGCGCCAUACUCACCCAACUGGAGUGUGUGUAUAGACCGUCAUCAAGCACACCUGAACCUGAUCAACUCAUCAGCGGUGUGUACUAAAGGAGGCUCCUGCCAGUCCUUCAGCGCCCGAGUGUUAGCCAGAAACGGUUUUUCCCCGGAGAAGCCCUUACAGAUCCUGUCUGCUUCUCUGAUCGAGAUUCCCCUCGUGACGCCGUGGGUCCUACCCACUGGUUGCCCGAGUUCCCAGACUCACCUCCUCAGUCAGAUUACAAGUUCCCCCCCGGAUUCCACGACUGGCAGUUGCACCGCUCCUUUGUCCCCGCCAAGCCCGAGCCUACCUGUCCGCCCUCCGUCGCACUCCUCUGUUUUCUUCCUGGACACCAGCCGUCAGGCACCGGACCACCUGGACCACUUAAGAGACAAAGACUCCGAACCUUCCAGUAAACUCUCCUGGAUCUCGUACCAUCGAACCACAAAGAGCCGAUCGCUCCGUGAACCUGUUUCCUCCCUGGACCAGACCAGAGCUUCCACAUCCUUUACUUGCCGUUUAACAAUAAACCAAUUACCGUACAUACCUCUCCUGAAUUGUGUUCUGCAUAAGAAGCCGUCUGGUUUCGUGAACCUCAUGUUUAAGAUCUUCUAG